AUGUCAUGACACCUUUUCGGUGAGGAAGAGGUCUUGCUGGACGUGCCUGAUCGAGGAAAAAUCUAUUUUUUGAUUAAAAGUUUGAUAAUUCACUAGAAAUUUUCACGGAUUUGGUGCAAAAUGACGUUAUACCAUUUCGGAAACUGUGUGGCUCUGGUUUAUGUGCCCUACUACAUGACCUACAAAUAUUCCGGGCUAUCCGAAUAUGGUGCAUUCUGGAAGUGCAUCCAGGCAGGUGGAAUCUACAUCUUUACUCAGCUAUGCAAGAUGUUGGUUUUGGCCACUUUCUUCCCGGAUGCCCUGCUAGCAGGUGACGAUCAGUUCAGUGUGGUUGCGGAAUUCCUCCGUUGUAGUGUAGAUCUCGUGGACCUGCUCGGGUUGGCGUUCGUCCUGUCGAAGAUUCCCGGCAAAGGCCACAGCAAACUUAUAACCGCCGGACUUGGCUGGGCCACGGCCGAAGUGAUUCUGUCACGUGGACUGAUGCUUUGGGUCGGUGCUCGCGGAGCGGAAUUCUCCUGGAUCUACAUCCAACGCUGCCUGGAAUCGAACAUUCUUCUCGUUCAACAUCUCACGACCGCUACGCUGCUGUGGCUGUUUUCCCGUCACGAUCUGGAGAAGAAGUUCGUCCCGCUGGUGAUUGCGCUGCUCAUUGCGAUCUCGUUCCGUGGCGUUUGGCUCGAGGGUACCCUGCAGGCUCUGUCUGCCGGGCCCUGGUUCGGGCUGUCGCUGAAGGCACUCAUCACCGCGGCCAUCGGAUUCGUGACGCUGCACGUGUACUCCGGGCUGGCGCAAUCCAUUGGACUUUAAAAAAGUUUCUUUUUGGGUUUUCUUUUUUGUGUGUAGAAGACAUGUCCAAUUACGUUUCUUGUAACUGGGUUCAGUGUUGGGUUUAAGCGAAAAAAAAUUAUUUCUCCCAUAGUAAACAAACACAA